GUUCAGUGCGCAGAGAUCAGCAGCGUUUUGUCUGGAAACCUGUCGGUCUGCGGUUUGGUUGGAUUACAGCAGCCGUGUUUCCCCCUCAGGAUGACGGCCAGGUGAAGCCAGAGCUUCCCUUGGAUGGAUGAGACCUGACCAUGUCCUUUACGCACCAAGUCGCUCUGCUGCUGCUCGGCUUCGCCCUCGUCCGCACGGUUGAUGGGAGGGUUCCUCACUGCUGGCUUUACUGGGAGAUGGAGCGAGCCAGAGGAGAGUGUCAGACACAACUGCAGCACCAGACGCCAGAGACUGCAGGAUGUGAAGGUGAAUGGAACAACGUUUCUUGUUGGCGAAGCGCGGCUGUUGGAGAAGUGCUGACCCUGCCCUGCCCGUCUCCGUUCCUGCUCCUGUUUGGCAAAAAUGGUAAUCUGAACAGGAAUUGCACCGAGAACGGCUGGUCCCCAGUGUACCCCGACAUCAGUUUGGCCUGCUAUUCAGACAUCAGCAGCAAACCCAAAGAGCUGGUCUUCUACAAAGUGGUGCAGACCCUGUCCACUCUGGGCCACAGCCUGUCGCUCGGCGCUCUGCUCAGCAGCACCGUCAUCAUCUGCUUCUUCAGGAGGCUCCACUGCAUGAGGAACUACAUCCAUCUGAACCUGUUUGUGUCGUUCAUGCUGCGAGCGGCGGCCGUGCUGACGAAGGACGCGCUGCUCUUCUCAGAGGACCAGACCACCGACUGCAGCAUGCCGCUCUCUCUGGUGGGCUGUAAGGCCAGCCUGGUGUUCUUCAACUACUUCAUCAUGGCCAACUUUUUCUGGCUGCUGGUGGAGGGUCUCUACCUGCACCUGCUGCUGCUGGUCAUCCACACCUGCUCCGUCCGCCUCUCCGUCUACAUGCUCAUCGGCUGGGGAAUCCCUUUUGUCUUCACGGCGGCGUGGAUCAUAAGUAGGACCUACCUGGAGGACAGGGGUUGCUGGGAGAUCAAUGACAACCCUGUUCCUGACCGGCUCAUCAACUGGCCCAUCAUGGCGUCAAUCAUUGUAAACUUCCUGCUGUUCGUCAGCAUCAUUCGGAUCCUGGUCCAGAAGCUGCGCUGCUCAGAUGUCAGAGGAAACGACCAAUCCCAGUACCGGCGGCUGGCGAAGUCCACCCUUCUGCUGAUCCCUCUUUUCGGGGUCAACCACGUCGUGUUCUUCUACCUGAUGGAGCCGGCCGAUGAAACCCUGAAGCAGAUCAAGAUCUUCUUUGACCUCGGCCUCGGAUCCUUCCAGGGUCUGAUUGUCGCCGUCCUCUACUGCUUCCUCAACAGCGAGGUUCAGACCGAGCUGAGGAGGACGUGGAGGGGUUCGUCCCUGAAGCGCUGCGCGUGGCGGGACUACAGACCCCGCAGCAUGUCGGCCAACCUCAACGGUACCGACAACUGCAUGCGCUUCCCCAGGAACGUCCGAGCCCAGUCCAUCCUGCAGACUGAAACCACCAUGCUCUGACCAGAACCACCAGAACCAGUAAAAACUGGACCCAGUCCGUCCUGCAGACCGAAACCACCAUGCUCUGACCAGAACCAGGAAAAACUGGACCCAGUCCAUCCUGCAGACUGAAACCACCAUGCUCUGACCAGAACCAGUAAAAACUGGACCCAGUCCGUCCUGCAGACCGAAACCACCAUGCUCUGACCAGAACCAGUAAAAACUGGACCCAGUCCGUCCUGCAGACCGAAACCACCAUGCUCUGACCAGAACCAGUAGAAACUGGACCCAGUCCGUCCUGCAGACUGAAACCACCAUGCUCUGACCAGAACCACCAGAACCAGUCAAAACUGGAUCCAGUCCAUCCUGCAGACCGAAAUCACCAUGCUCUGACCAGAACCAGUAAAAACUGGACCCAGUCCGUCCUGCAGACCGAAACCACCAUGCUCUGACCAGAACCAGGAAAAACUGGACCCAGUCCGUCCUGCAGACUGAAACCACCAUGCUCUGACCAGAACCAGUAAAAACUGGACCCAGUCCGUCCUGCAGACUGAAACCACCAUGCUCUGACCAGAACCAGUAAAAACUGGACCCAGUCCGUCCUGCAGACUGAAACCACCAUGCUCUGACCAGAACCA